AUGGCGGGCGACAGGUGCGAGGGCGCGAUCGCGGGGUGCGAGCUGUGCGGGGGCGUCGCGGCGGUGCACUGCGCGGCGGACUCGGCGUUCCUCUGCGUGCCCUGCGACGCCAAGGUGCACGGCGCCAACUUCCUCGCCUCCAGGCACCUGCGCCGCCGCCUCGUCCACGCGGCCGCGGACGAGGACGCCGGAUCCGCGGGCUCGGGCUCGGGCUCGGAGUCGUCCUCCAGCUCCUCCUGCGUGUCCACCGCCGACUCGUGCGCGGCCGCCUCCGCGGCGACGCGGGCGGCGGGGAGGAGGAGGGCCGGGUGCAAGCACCGGCGAGCGCGGGCGGAGGUCGUCCUCGAGGGGUGGGCCAAGCGGAUGGGCCUCGCGGCGGGAACGGCACGCCGGCGGGCGGCCAGGGCCGCGGGCGCGCUCCGGGCGCUAGGCCGUGGCGUCUCCGCCUCCCGCGUCCCGCUCCGCGUCGCGAUGGCCGCCGCGCUCUGGUCGGAGGUCGCCGGAUCCGGCUGCGCGGAGGCCGCGCUGCUCCGCCGGCUGGAGGCAAGCUCGCACGUGCCGGCGAGGCUGGUGGUCACGGUGGCGUCGUGGAUGGCGCGCACCGCGGUCAGGGCCCCCGCCCCCGCCCCCGCCGAGGAGGGCUGGGCCGAGUGCUCCUGA